AUGUCUUUUCUCGAUUUUUGUUUUCUUUUCGUUGCGAUGUCAAAAAAUUCGAGUGAACGACUUCAGUCGUCUCAUCGCCAGCAAGAUCUUAAUAGCAAUAGUCGACUACAGGAAACACAAGCUUUCAUAAUGUCGAAAUCUUUAUCAUGGGAUACACUAGACUAUACUCUACAACCAUGGAUUCGUACUGCUGUUGAUGCCAUGGGUUAUGAGACCAUGACACCUGUACAGGCAUCGACGAUCCCGCUAUUUGCCAGAAACAAAGAUGUGGUUGUAGAAUCUGUGACCGGUUCGGGGAAGACCGUGGCAUUUGUCAUACCUGUAUUGGAGAGAGUGAUACAGGAUGAUGCCAAUAGUUCAAAGCUCAAAAAAGGCCACUUCCACACCAUAAUAAUCUCCCCUACGCGGGAGCUUGCAUCACAGAUACAGGGCGUGAUUGAAGCGUUUCUGACAUACUAUCCAGAUGGAGAAUAUCCUAUAAAAUCACAGUUGCUUAUCGGUAGCAAUACCAGUAGUGUCAGAGAUGAUGUUGCAGCGUUUUUGGAACAUAGACCGCAAAUUUUAGUUGGUACGCCUGGAAGGCUAUUAGACUUUCUUAAGAUGCCAAACAUCAAGACGUCUUCAUGUGGCGCAGCUAUCCUUGAUGAGGCCGACAAGUUAUUGGAUAUGAAUUUUGAGAAGGAUGUCGAGACAAUACUGAAGAUGCUACCCAAGCAAAGGAGAACUGGCUUAUUUUCUGCAACGGUCAGUAGUGCGGGAACUCAAGUGUUCAAGACAGGAAUGAGAAAUCCGGUAAAGGUAUCUGUAAAGACAAGUAAUAAGGCGCCCUCGUCUCUGGAUAUCAACUAUAUUGUUAUCGAACCUAGAAUGAAGUUACAGCUUUUAUUGACCCUGUUGAACAAUUACAGAUACAAGAAGUGCAUCGUUUACCUCCCCACCUGCAUUGCGGUCACGUAUUUCUAUUCUAUCUUGCAGCAUUUGGCGAAGCUUAACAAGAUGGACGAAAACCUUAAACUAUAUUCGCUACAUGGUAAGCUGCUGACCAAUUCAAGGAUGAAGACCCUAGACAGGUUUACUCAGGAGUUGGGCAAAGCUGUGCUACUAACCACUGAUGUGGCUGCGAGAGGUAUCGAUAUCCCGGAUAUUGAUUUAGUCUUGCAAAUGGAUCCGCCAAUCGAUGCUGACAUCUUUUUGCACAGAUGUGGUCGUGCUGGAAGGGCAAAUAGAGCUGGCAGAGCUAUAGUAUUCCUCAACCAGGGGAGGGAGGAAGAUUAUAUUCCCUUCUUGCAGGUAAAAAAUGUGGAAGCCAAAGAACUUGAUACUGUCGCAAUUAAGCCAAUCGAGGGACUACCUGAGAUUAUUAGAGCUUGGAUAUUAGAGGAUCGUGCACGGUUUGAUCAUAGCUUGAAGGUAUACGUCGCCUUCUUGAGAUAUUAUUCGAAACAUACUGCGUCUUCGAUAUUUAGAUUGCAAACCCUGGACUACAUUGGAAUUGCGGAAAUGCAUGGCCUAAUUCGUCUACCGGGUACCCCAGAAAUACAAAGAUACUUGUCGAAGGAUGCGAUUCCAGAGGAUGGAUGGCUGGUAUCACCACCGAUUGACCUUGAUUCGUUUGCAUACGCGGACCCUCAGAGGGAAAAGGCCCGAAAACUAGCGAAGAAAGAAGCCAAGGAUGUGAAGGAUAAUAACAAAUUGAAAAGUGAAAUGCGGAAGAACAAUGAAGCUUGGUCCAAGAAGACGGUCACCAAGGAAAAUAAACUUCAGCGGAAGGAGAAGAUGGCUCUAAAGAGGAAGGCGAUAGAGGAAAAACUGAUAGAGAAUAGCGAUGACAGCGACAAUGAAGUCGAAACGGACUGGAAAGACAUCGUGAGGCAGCGCAAGAAGAAGAAAACUAACAGCGGGAUGCAGGGCGACUUUGGAGAUCUAUAG